GGCAGUGCGUCUCGCGAGAGGCCCCUGUGCGGUGCGCUGGGCGCCCCCGUGCUGUGCGCGGAGCCGCGAGCGGCCGGGCGCCAUUUCGGGAGCAGCCGCGGAGCCAUAGACGGAGUCAGACCGGCACCGGGAUCGACUCACGACCGCGCCGCCCCUCGCCGCCCGCUCCCCGGGGCUGCCUGAGCGCCGCCGUCCAUUUAAGAUUCAGACGCCUGGAGAAGGUGCUCAAGCCCUCGGGCCCGUUCCCCACCGCCAGGGUAGUGACGCCAGAGCCGCUACUGCCGGACCUCGGGGCCCUAGCGAGGAUCGCACCGCCCGCGGCGCAGGUGUCCUGAAAAAUGGCUGAUGAUAUUGAUAUUGAAGCAAUGCUUGAAGCUCCUUACAAGAAGACUUGCCUAACGAUAUCUCACCUCUACUCCCAUGAAUUCACCUUUGAUUCCAGUGUGAACUGUCAAUCAUAAGGAUGAGAACAAAUUGAGCAGUGCCAAUGGCCAUGAAGAACGCAGCAAGAAGAGAAAAAAGAGCAAGAGUCGAAGUCGAAGCCAUGACAGAAAGAGGAGCAGAAGUAAGGAACGCAAACGGAGCCGAGAUCGGGAACGGAAAAAGAGCAGAAGCCGGGAAAGGAAACGGAGCAGAAGCAAAGAACGCAGACGCAGCCGGUCUAGGAGCAGAGAUCGCAGAUUCAGAGGCCGCUAUAGAAGUCCCUAUUCUGGUCCAAAAUUCAACAGUGCCAUCAGAGGGAAGAUUGGUCUGCCUCACAGCAUCAAAUUAAGCAGACGUCGCUCUAGAAGCAAAAGUCCUUUCAGAAAAGACAAAAGCCCUGUUAGAGAACCUAUUGAUAAUCUUACCCCUGAAGAGAGGGAUGCUCGAACAGUGUUCUGCAUGCAGUUGGCUGCAAGAAUUCGGCCAAGAGACCUGGAAGAAUUUUUCUCUACAGUAGGGAAGGUUCGUGAUGUGCGAAUGAUUUCAGAUAGAAAUUCCAGACGUUCAAAGGGGAUUGCUUAUGUUGAAUUUGUUGAUGUUAGUUCAGUGCCCCUGGCAAUAGGACUGACUGGACAGAGAGUCCUGGGUGUACCUAUCAUAGUACAGGCAUCACAGGCAGAGAAAAACAGAGCAGCAGCAAUGGCAAAUAAUCUGCAGAAGGGCAGUGCUGGUCCUAUGAGGCUCUAUGUGGGAUCAUUACACUUCAAUAUUACUGAAGAUAUGCUUCGAGGAAUCUUUGAGCCAUUUGGCAGGAUUGAAAGUAUUCAGCUCAUGAUGGACAGUGAAACUGGGCGCUCAAAAGGAUAUGGAUUCAUUACGUUCUCAGACUCUGAGUGUGCCAAAAAGGCCCUGGAACAACUCAAUGGAUUUGAGCUGGCUGGGAGACCAAUGAAAGUUGGACAUGUAACUGAGCGUACUGAUGCUUCCAGUGCUAGCUCAUUUUUGGACAGUGAUGAAUUGGAACGGACUGGAAUUGAUUUGGGAACAACUGGUCGGCUUCAGUUGAUGGCAAGACUUGCAGAAGGUACUGGUUUGCAGAUUCCUCCAGCUGCACAGCAGGCUCUGCAGAUGAGCGGAUCUUUGGCCUUUGGAGCUGUGACAGAUUUACAAACGAGACUGUCCCAGCAGAAUGAAGUUCUGGCUGCAGCUGCUUCUGUACAACCACUUGCAACACAGUGCUUCCAGCUUUCCAACAUGUUUAAUCCUCAAACUGAAGAAGAAGCUGGCUGGGACACAGAAAUUAAAGAUGAUGUGAUUGAGGAAUGUAACAAACAUGGAGGAGUUAUCCACAUCUAUGUUGACAAAAACUCAGCUCAGGGCAAUGUGUAUGUGAAAUGUCCCUCCAUUGCUGCUGCCAUCGCCGCUGUCAAUGCUUUGCAUGGGAGGUGGUUUGCAGGUAAAAUGAUUACAGCAGCAUAUGUACCUCUUCCAACAUACCACAGCCUUUUCCCAGACUCUAUGACUGCAACCCAACUACUGGUUCCUGUUCGACGAUGAAGAUUAAUUUAGUCAGUUUUGUACAUAGGUAUUUUUUGGAGGAAGAUUGAGUUAUCUUUUAUUUAGAUAAAACUAAAGGAAAGGAUUUAAUGUCAUUUGUGUACACUUCCUGCUAUCUUUAAAAAUAAAAUGAAGUAAGCAGAAAUGCAGUGUGUUCAUUCUCCCUAACUAGCAUUUCCACUGUAUACAAAGCUGUUGACUUCUUGUUCUGCCUUGUAAUUCUUGUACAUUGACAAAGGUGAUCUGUAGGAACUGAGAAGUAGCUCAUAGAUAACAAGUACUCUGUAAAAGGCAGAUGGGACAUAAUGACAUUUUUAAUGUUUCAUAAGCCUUUCUUUUAAUGCAGCAAAGACAUUUUACAUUUCACUAAAUGUGGGUGAUCUGCUCAAGGGUAGUAUCAGAGAGAGACUGGAUGAAGGGACAUAUUUAGUGUUUUUGUAUAAAUGGAAAAUCCAAAAGGCUACUGAAUGCUGACUGCAGACAGCUACUCGGCUUGCUUUGUGCUGAAUAAUUGGUGAGAAUAGGAGGAUUGAAGGGUUUUAUUUCUUGAUGGUAACUUUUGAUUAUUGUAUCUGUAAAAGUUUCUUUGUAAAUACUGUGAGGUGUGUCUAAGUUUCCAAACAAAACAUCUCUGCAUUUCCAGAUGAGUUUCCACACGUGCAGUGGGGCAGAGCUGGAGGAUUUCAGCCAAGUCUGAAAAUGGGUAGGAAAUACAGAAAAGUGUUUUGUUCUGGUUGCAUAUAAUCUUUGCUCUUUUUAAGCUCUGUGAGCUCUGAAAUAUAUUUUUGGGUUACUUCAGUGUGUUUGACAAGACAGCUUGAUAUUUCUAUCAAAGACUUUCAUAUUGCAACAAUCUUUGUAAGAACCACUCAAAUAAAAUUCUCUUAAAAAGGCCUU